ACUCGUUCGACUCGGUCCGAUCGGACUCGACCCAAACCGAAUGGGUGCCAUUUACCAAAUUUAUAUAUUGGAAUGGAAUACAUGCCGACACACAGUUUUAAACUCGGUGGAUAUAGAGGAUCUGAGGACAGUGAAAAACUGGCUUUACCCACAGUGGGUGAGGUAUAUGACCAAGAGUUUGAUGAGCCACCACCCCCUGGACUUGAAGAGGAAUCUAGACCGCUCAAUCUACUUCAUCAUAGCAAAUUCCGACCAGUGAAAUUGAAUGAGUGUAUUUCUAAGAUUGGCAAGUAUGUUGCCUUGGCUCUGUGCAGACAGAAGUUGCAUGAUGAUGUGCUUAGCAAAUGGAGAGCUUCUCACGUUGAUGCUGCUCUUCUCACGUUGAUGCUGCUUUUGCAUGCGAAGAGGGUAAGAGAUUUUGAGAGUGAAAGAAAGGAUGGAAAGGAGAGAUUUACUGUUUUGGGAACCAACUUUGUUGGUUUUGGUAUGGAUGGAAAGCUCCAAUGCAAACCUUCUUCUUCUGUCGUAAACUUUGAAGGUGCAGCCCAUGGCCAAAUAUUGGUCGGGUGGAGAGGUAUUUUUUUGGAAGAUGAGGAGAGUGUAGAGCGUAGAGGCUGAAGGCGAGGCAAGACUUGUGUGCUUAUGGUGAAGAAGUGAAGGGAAAAGUUGCCUUGGGUUGGAAAAGGGGGGAAAAAGAGAAGCCAGUAA